CACAUCUGUUCAGGAACAGAGAAGGAGGGCAACGGGACAGAGCAGGCGAGUGCAAAGGAGGAAAGAAAAGAAGUUGUGAAAUGUAGUCAAUCCUACAAUUCCUCAACACAAGAGAGGCCACCAUCUCUGAUUCAGCAAAGAUGACAUCAUUGAAAUCACUUGACUAAGGAGGACUGAGAUUUGCAUAUCUCUGUCAACAGAAUUGGUUUCAUAGUUCUACUAUUCCAAGCAGAUGAUGUAUACACUCUCAGUAUGAUGGCGAUGUUUUGGACAGUAGUUGUCUUCUACAUGUGUGGACGUACAAUGGAAGCUUAUGGAAAGGCUGGUAAAGAUGCACUGCCAACCACUUUGGCGAGCACGGUUAUGUCUACUGCUUUACCCACUGUGUUACCCACAGAAGAUGAGAACAUCAAACUUGUGGAUUGGCUCACAAAGUAUGGAUAUCUCCCGCCCCCUGAUCCCUCUACAGGUCAGUUACAGGCCUGGACAGCUGUCACUCAAGCAGUGAAGAAAAUGCAGAGGUUUGCUGGUUUGGACGAUACAGGAGUAUUAGAUGAAGAGACAGUUCAACUGAUGCAGACACCCCGGUGUUCACUUCCAGAUGAUGAUGACCAAACCAUUCAGACAUCGGCACUACACAGUGAUGAUAUGCAAAAUCAAAGGAUGAAAAGAGCAGUUUCUACCUGGACAAGAAGAAAUAUCAACUGGAGGCUGCGUUCUUACCCGGCAUCCUCUAAACUGUCCCGUGAAAUGAUUCGCUCCCUUGUGUACUAUGCACUCAGAGUGUGGGCCGAUCCAACAUUACUUGAGUUCCAUGAGGUGCGAGGACCAGAGGGGGCGGAUCUCCAAAUAGAUUUUUUGCAUGGUCCCCAUGGAGACGGAUAUCCCUUUGAUGGAGCAGGUGGAUCUGUUGGCCAUGCCUUCUUUCCGUCAGAUCCAGACAGGGCAGGUGGAGUUCAUUUGGAUGCAGAGGAGGAAUGGGCCUUCAGACAACCAGCAACGGAGGGCACAGAUCUGUUCACGGUACUGGUGCAUGAGCUUGGUCACGCCCUCGGACUGACCCAUUCAUCAGCACGCCAAUCUGUAAUGCGUCCAUACUACCAGGGGCCCCUAGGAGACCCGUUACACUGUAGCCUGGGACACCAUGACCUUCAACUCAUCACAGCCCUUUAUGGUAAGAGGGGUAACCAUGUUCCAACGGACAGACCUCUUCUUCUGACGGAAGCUCAAUCGCGUCACAGACAUGGAGGAAUACACCGGCUCACACACAUGUACAGACAUGCUCACAGCCAUUUGGACAGUUCUGUGGAUCGCUGUAACACCAGUUUUGAUGCAGUUGCCAAGAUUCGAGGAGAGAUCUUUUUCUUCAAAGGGCAGAACAUGUGGAGAGUGAGCAGAGGUGGUCUGGUGUCAGUCAGGGCUGUUCCUGUACAGAGACUUUGGUCAGCACUUCCUUCUUCACUGCCUCCACUGCGAGCGGUUAUGGAAAGACACACAGAUCAUGCCAUCAUCUUUAUCAGUGGUUCCCAGGUUUGGCUGUUUAAGGAUCUGUCACUCCAAGAGGGUUUCCCUCAGCCUCUGUCUACUCUGGCUCCUGAGGACUCAGAAGGAGGGUGGCAAGGAUUGCACUGGGACCCAAAGCAGGGUGUGGUGUGGGGGUCUGUGAGAGAGGAUGGAGAGCAAGGAGAGGAAAGUGAAGUCUGGAGAGAGCUCAUUGAAGAAGGAGUGAAUGGAAUCAUCAUGGAGAAUGCCGAUGAGAGAGAAAGGACUGGGGACUUUAAGGGUUCAACCUACCUUUUCAAAGGCAAUUCCUACUGGAAAUUUACUCACCCAGGCUCCGCCCCUGAAGAAGGAUACCCUCGGCUUCUGGCCACUGAUUGGUUGGACUGCCCUCAGCCUUCCUCUUACAGCACCGGUGACAUCUCUUUGAUCUCCCACUACGGUCAACAGGAGCUUCGUGAGCAGAAAGGGCAAAGAAUAAUCGACCAGAUCAGGCACAAAGACAAAACCGAAAGAGAUAAACCUUAUCGCUGGGACUGUCCAUGUCUAAACAGUGCAGUGACUCAAAGUGGGCCUAUUUUACUGCCCAUUUUAUUUCUGAUCACUGGGACUUGUAAUCCAUCACUUUAAUUUUUUCAUUUGUUUACAUAGUCAUACCCCAAAAUAACUUUUUCCUUUACUUUCAAUCUCUGACCGAAGGAAGUGACUAAAAUAGUUGGUAAGAAGAUUUCUAACAACCAUUAAACAUUAAUGAUUUACAGUUCACAGAGUCUGUCAGCUCACUAAAGAUUUCACUAAAGACGGCAAAUAAUAUUGUGCUAGAGUUUAAAAGUAUAACAAUAUAUAUAUGUAGUAUUUUGAUUCUGAAGAUGUAGAGAGCAAAUGUCAUAAAAUGACUUGACCAUAAAAUGUCAUAAAAUGAUCCAUGGGUUUCAAAAUGUGAUUUAUUCAUACAUUCCCUUAUUAAAAUAGUUUGAGAAUUUUGAUUAAUCAUGAAGUGCAUAUAAAAAUGACUGUGCUUGUCAUACACUUGGGAAUUACCAAUGUACUUUUAUAAAAUAAUGUACUACUGUGGGAAGGACGGUCAAAUAACAACAGAUCAGUAAAGUAUCAUUUACAGAACAAAAUCUAUUAUAAUAAAAUAAAAAUGAAAAUGCAAUGUAAAUUUGAUUUAA